CGGGCGGCGGCGGGCGCGGGCCGCGCGGCAGCGGAGCAUGGAGCUGUUCUUCGGGGAGUACCGGCACGCGCGGCAGGAGUGCGGGGUGCACCUGAGGCUGGCACGGGACGGGCCCGCGCCCCGCAGCGCCCCGCCGCCGAGGAUGGGCUCCUACGGCGUCAGCAUCCGGGUGCAGGGCAUCGACGGGCACCCCUACAUCGUGCUCAACAACGCCGAGCGCUGCCCGGCGGGCCGGCGCCCCUCAGAGCAGGCCCCGGGGUCCCCCGGCAGCGUCCCCGCACCCGACGAGCCCCGCGAGGAGGAGCUGCAGUUCCCGGAGAACCCCUAUGCUGACCCCAGCCCCAGCGGGCCCCCGCGAGAGCCCCACGCCUUGGAAGGCAGGACUGGCGCGUUGGGCACGGAGCGCAAGGACGCAACGGCGAAGCCCAGCCACGUACCGCACUGCCAGCUGCCCCCCGAGGCACCGCAGCCUCCUGGCCCGGAGAAGCCGGGCCCGCAGCCUCCCGCAAGCACCUGGCCACGAGCGCCCCCGGGAGAGGGCCGCCAGGCCCCGAAGGAUGCGCCCCGCGGUGCGGUGGUCGCCGAGGCCCCCGAGGCCCCUGAGGCCCCGGGCUGCGGCCCCGCCAGCCCCGACGUGCUCCCGCUGCGGCGCCAGGACCCGGGGCCCGCGCCGGAGCCGCGUCCCGCGUGGGCAGGCCCCACGCCUCCCGGCCCCUCGCCACCCGCGGCCCGCGCGCCCCAGCGCCUCCUGCUAGGCGAGCCGGACCGCGUCAACCGCCACGAGAACCGCAGGUACAUCCCCUUCCUGCCGGGCACCGGCCGCGACGUCGACACGGGCUCCCUCGGCGGCGUCGAGCAGCUCAUCGAGCUGUUCGAGCCCCGGGCCGGGCCGCGCCGGGGCCGCAGCGGCAAGCGGCCCCGCCUGGCCCCUGAGGAUCGCCGGCGCGCGCGCAGCGUGGACAGCGCCUUCCCCUUUGGGCUGCGCGGCAGCGCCGAGUACCUGAGCGAGUUCACGCGCCACCUGGGCAAGUCCAGUGAGCACCUGCUGCGCCCGUCGCAGGUGUGCCCGCCGCGGCCGCAGGUGCCCGAGUACCGGACCCGGCCCCGCGCGCCCACCACCAGGCCGCAGGGUCCCCGGGCCGCUGCGCCUGACCCGGCCGCAGACUCCAAGGAGGAGGACGUCAAGACAGCCACGGCCACUCUGCUGCUGCAGAACCGUGGACUCGCCACGGCUGCUGACUCGGGGGCCAAGAAGAUUUCGCUUAAGUCCUUCUCCACAGCCUCAAACGUUCAGGUCACACCGGAUCUAUUAAAAGGUCAGCAGGAACUUACUCAGCAAAGCAAUGAAGAGACGGCCAAGCAGAUACUGUACAAUUACCUCAGAGAAGGAAGCUCUGACAAUGACGAUGCUACUAAAAGGAAAGUCAACUUGAUCUUUGAGAAAAUCCAGACUUUAAAGUCUCGUGCAUCAGAGAAAACACAAGGGAAUCAUCAGGCUUCUAAUUCUUCAUCAGAAGUCAAAGAUUUGUUGGAACUAAAAAACAAGCUGACCACAGAAGUGAGUGACCUUCAACGGCAGCUUCAACUAGAAUUCAAGAAUCAGCAGAACCUCAAGGAAGAAAGAGAGAGAAUGAGAGUGAACUUGGAAGAGCUUCAAACCAAGCAUGCCAGCAAGGUGGAGGAGAACUCGGCUCUGCAGCGACGCCUGGAAGCAAGUGAGGGUGAACUGCGGAAGAACCUGGAGGAGCUGUUCCAGGUGAAGAUGGAGCGAGAGCAGCACCAGACGGAGAUCAGGGACCUACAGGACCAGCUCUCGGAGAUGCACGAUGAGCUGGACAGUGCCAAGCAGUCGGAAGACAGGGAGAAGGGGGCGCUAAUUGAGGAGCUGUUGGACGCCAAGCGCACCCUGCAGGACCUGCUGGUGACCAGGGAGGAGCUGGAGGAGCUGCUGCGGCGGCGGGAGCGGGAGCUGACGGCCCUCAAGGGGGCCCUCAAGGCCGAGGUGUCCAGCCACGACCAGGAGAUGGACAGACUGAAGGAGCAGUACGAUGCGGAGCUGCAGGCCCUGCGCGAGAGUGUGGACGAGGCCACCAAGAACGUCGAGGUCCUGGCCAGUCGCAGCAGCGCCGCAGAGCAGAGUCAGGCGGGGGCCGAGCAGUGCGUGCGGCUGCAGGAGGAGAACGAGAGGCUGCGGGCGGACACAGACGCCCUGCAGAGCCGCGUGGACCAGCUCCGUGCACAGGUGCACGACGCCGAGGGCCGAGAAGCCGAGAGCCAGGAGGCGCUCGGGAAGCGGGAGGCCGAGGUGAGGCAGCUGGAGGAGGCCCUUACACGCUCCAGGAAGGAAGAGGCGGAAGCCAGGUCUGCAUGCAGGGCGCUGGAGAGCGAGCUGGAAGAGGCCCAGAGGGAGCUGAGCCGGACCAUGCAGGAGCAGAAGCAGAUGGCGGAGACGCUCCGGGCUGAGACGGAACAGAAGGAGCAGUUGCGGAGACUGAAGAAUGACCUGGAGAGCAAGCGCUGGCACCUGGACAGGACCAUCGAGAAGCUGCAGAAGGAGGUGGCAAAUACUGACGAGGCGUCCCGCGCGUCCACGCUGGUGCUCCGGAACCAGCUGGACGAGCACAAGGAGAAGAGUCGGAAGGAGCUGGCCGAGGUGCAGGGGCAGCUGACAGAGAAGGCCCUGGAGGCGGAGAAGGCGCGGCUGGCAGCCUGCAGGGCGCAGGAUGAGGUGCGGCUAAUGGGGGAGGAGCUCCGGGACGCCCAGCGGGCCCGCGACGAGGCCCUGACGAAGCAGCAGCUUCUGGAGCAGACGCUGAAGGACCUGGAGUAUGAGUUGGAGGCCAAGAGUCACUUGAAAGAUGACCGGUCCCGGCUCAUCAAGCAGAUGGAGGACAAGGUGUCGCAGCUGGAGCUGGAGCUGGAGGAGGAGAGAAGCAACGCGGACGCUCUGUCUGAGAGGAUCGCUAGGAGCAGGGACCAGAUGGAGCAGGUGAGGAGCGAGCUGCUCCAGGAGAGAGCUGUGAGGCAAGACCUGGAGUGUGACAAGAUUUCCCUGGAGCGGCAGAAUAAGGACUUAAAGAGCCGCAUCAUCCACCUCGAAGGCUCGUACAGGUCCAGCAAAGAGGGCCUGGUGGUGCAGUUGGAGGCGCGGAUCGCAGAGCUGGAGGACCGGCUGGAGAGCGAGGAGAGGGAGCGCGCCAGCCUCCAGCUCAGCAACCGGCGGCUGGAGCGGAAGGUGAAGGAGCUGGUGAUGCAAGUGGACGAUGAGCACCUGUCGCUGACGGACCAGAAGGACCAGCUCAGCUUGCGGCUGAGAGCCAUGAAGCGCCAGGUGGAGGAGGCUGAGGAGGAGAUCGACCGGCUGGAGAGCUCGAAGAAGAAGCUGCAGAGGGAGCUGGAGGAGCAGCUGGACGUGAACGAGCAGCUCCAGGGCCAGCUCAGUGCCCUGAAGAAGGACCUGAGGCUCAAGAAGCUGCCGAGCAAAGUACUGGAGGACUCAGACGACGAUGACGACCUGAGCACCGACGGGGGCAGCGUGUUCGAGGCCCCCCUGGGCUAUGGCCUCCCCAGGGACAGUGUGGCCAGCCAGCUGUGAGCGGCACAGGCCUGCCCCUGCGUGCAGGCCGGACGCGGGGUCUGACCCCCCAGAACUGUCCCUGCCCCGGAGUCCCCCACCUUUCUGCCCACCUGUCAGUGCCUGCAGGGUUGCUGCUGGGCUCAAGCCUCGGAGGGACGCAUCCAGCUGUGCCCCCUCGUGCCAUCCGCAUGUCCCGGACACUGCCCCGCCCUGCCAUGCCAGUGACUGCCACUGACCACCCAUGGGAGGGCUGCACAGUCCGGCAGGACCGGGGCCCUGGGGGCCUUGCACAGCUCACAUCUGUUGCCUGUGAUUGCAGCUCACUCCGGGAGCCA